AUGAAGUCCGGCAAGCAGUUGUUGGUUCACCUGCUCUCCGCACUCUUUGGCAUCAGCGCCUGGAUUGCCAUCAACGGUUUGUGGCAGCAGACACCGUUGUUGGUGAGUCGGCUGCCUGAAGCCUGGAACCUUGCCUCCUACAUUACCCUCAUCACACAGCUGGCCAAUGUUGGGCCGCUGUUGUACUCGCUGCUCAAGCGACUCUUUGGCAGUCCGUUCUUGGAGCGCCUUUCUAUUCACGCCAUAAACUGGAUCGGCAUUGUAGCCCUGGUGCUGCAAAUCUUCUUCUGGGACCACAUCUCGGUGGUGGGCAGCAAAGAACAUUCGGUCGCCUUUCUCACGCUGACCUUCUUCCUCGCCAUCGUUGACUGUACCUCCUCAGUGCUGUACAUUCCCUUCAUGAGCAGCAUUGCCAGCAACUACCUCGUCUCUCAUCUGGUCGGCCAGUCACUCAGUGGUCUUCUGCCCAGCUUCCUCGCCCUUGCACAGGGCGUGGGCGGCAACCCUGACUGCCACCAGGUCAACGGAACUCAAGUGCCCGUGUAUCCGAGUCCUCGUUUCUCCGUGAACGUCUUCUUUGGUCUGUUGACGCUGCUAGCCAUCAUCAGCUGGUUUGCCUUCUUCCUCCUCUCCAAUCUGAAACGCUUCUUUGCAAUUGACGUUACCGUCGGCGAGAGCAGCAGUCGCAUUGCAGUGGAAACUGAUAAGCUGCAGCCCCAACAGCAUCAGCCUUAUCAGCAGCAGCAGCAUCAUCAUCAUCAACAAGAGUCGUCUUCUCUGUCCACGCGAACCCUGCUGACACUGCUGAUCACCGAGGCGUGCAUCUGCUGCAUCACCAACGGCCUCCUGCCGCCCAUUCAGCCGUACUCGGUGCUGGUGUACGGCAAUGUGGCCUACCACUUUGUGGUCUCCCUCUCCGCCAUCGCCUCUGCCAGUGGCACCUACUGCAGCGGCUUCCUCAAUGCCCGCCAGGCGAAGGUGCUGCCGGUGCUGCUUGCGCUGGCGGUCGCCUCUGCCGGCUUCAUUCUCGCCUCGGCGCUGAGCAGUCCCAGCCGUCUGGUGACCGGUGGCUUUGGCUCGGUGCUCAUCGUCUGCGUGUGGGUGGCCAACAAUGCCCUCUUUGCCUUCUGUCGGGCGUCCAUUACGAGGCUGCUGAGGGCGGGCAGCUCUCAGCAGAAGCAGUCUCAUCGGUACCUCUUCCUGGGGGGCGUCUUCACGCAGAUUGGCUCCGCCGUGGGCGCCAUUGUGAUGUUCUGUGUGAUCAACUACACCAGUGCCUUCAAGUCCUUCUCUCCCUGUAGUUAG